CCGACUAACUCUCGAAGAUCAGUCGUUUGGUGAACGUCGACCGGACACGACUAAUGUGCUCUGAAACAUUUCAAAUAACCUAUCAUGGAAGCUGUUUACAAACUAGUGGUGCUGUUGUUGGUGCUUUUGUUUGGAGAUUCAGUACACUGUCAAGAAGCAUGCCGUACACCGAACCAACGUGAUGGACGCUGCAUUCCACGAGUCGAGUGUCGUAGUUUCAGUCAGUACUUCACCCCGGACAGAAUUCUCAGCCAGGACGAGUUGAAUUUUGUCCGGAUGUCGCAGUGUCAGCCGCGUAAAAUUUGCUGCCCCGAUCGAGUGGUUUCUCCUGAUCCACUUCCUGUGACUACUACUUCAACGCCCCAGCCUACUACGGUGCUACCAUCUACCGGUGGAAGCAGCGAUCAAGUCAAACUGCCCGACCCGAGUAAGUUCGAAUGUGGCCUGGACCAUCUGGGUGAUCGCAUUUAUGGCGGUGUAAACGCAUCGAUCGAUGAGUUCCCCUGGUUUGCGCUGCUCGAGUACCAAUCGAAGAAAGGAAUCAAGGAGUUCAAAUGUGGUGGUUCCCUGAUUUCUCGGCGUUAUGUCAUGACCGCGGCUCACUGCUUGGCAAAUAAAAAGUUAGACGAUGGAGAACGAUUCCUCGGAGUGCGACUUGGUGACCACAAUACCGAGACGGAGGUUGACUGCGAAGGAGUGUACUGUGCCGAUCCGCCGCAAAAUUUCGGUUACGAAGAAAUAAUCUUUCAUCCGGGGUUUUCCAAAGACAAUCAGGCGAUCCACCACGAUAUUGCCUUGAUCCGAUUGGAUCGUGAGGCAGUGUUUAACGAUUUUGUUACACCGGUUUGCCUUCCGGAUUCUCGUUUCUCGUCGACGGUGGUCGGUCGAAAUGUGACCAUCGUUGGAUUCGGCCACACAAGCAGACGAAUACACAGCGGCAUUAAGCAAAAAGCCUUCAUACCGAUCUUCGAUCCGGUGAAGUGUCGAGAGAAAUGGUCCUCAAAGCUCCAGCUGGUAGAUGAGCAGUUAUGUGCCGGAGGCGAUUAUUAUAUCGAUUCUUGUGGGGGAGAUUCUGGAGGCCCUCUGAUGACGCAAAGACUGUACUGGACCCAGGAAGGGAUCGUAUCCUUCGGAAACCGUUGUGGAUUAGAGGGAUGGCCUGGAAUUUACACGCGCGUCGCGAGCUAUGUCGAUUGGAUCAAACAAAACGUUCGGCCAUAUUCUGCACCAGUAUGGGAGGUCGCUCAGAGUUGUACCAUUCCGAACGAGCUGCAAAAGGGAGUUUGUGCAAAACCUCAGAACUGUCCGGCGUACACGGUCAUCAGCGAUCAUACCGAUUUGAGCUCGGUAGGAAGGGUCAGUUUUAUCAAACAGAUCCAAUGUAACCGAUCAUCUGAACCGGAAAAUACUCGAGCUGCCCUACCCGCCGAUGGAACCGUUUGCUGUCCUCGUUCCGGGAACUACAGAAAACCGACGAUUAGUGCCAACAUUCCCAGGCGCGCUCGACCCCCGGCACCGGACAUUCAUUCGCGGCUAAGUGGAAUGGACGACGACGUGUGCGGCUACCAGGCUUACGGCCCAAAGAUCAAGGGCGGGGAGAUUGCCAACAUUGACGAAUUUCCCUGGAUGGCGUUGUUGAUCUAUGCACUUAAAACGUCCAAUAGCCUGGUUCACGGAUGUGGAGGGGUGCUGAUCAGUAGGAACUUUGUUUUGACGGCCGCUCAUUGUGUCUCGGGCAAGGAAUACGAAUCGAAGGGACCGUUAAAAUUUGUCCGGCUGCGGGAGUACAACAUCUACCAGGACCCGGAUUGCGUCAUCGAGAACAACUUCCAGGACUGCUCGGACGACAAGAUCGAUGCGGAACCGCGUAACAUUCUGCUGCACCCGAUGUACGACUCGGAAUUCCGCAGCAAGUACCACGACAUCGCGCUGAUCGAAAUUGACGAUACGCCGGAAUAUUCGGACUUUCUGCGGCCGAUCUGCCUUCCCGAGGCCCACUACGAUAAUGGGGUCGCAAAGGGGCGAUAUUUCAGCGUGGCCGGCUGGGGUCGGACGGAUAUCUUCCGGAAGCAACUCGGCAACAAUGCGCUCAGCCCGAUCAAGCUGAAGGUGAUUCUGCCGUUCGUCGAUGCUGAAACUUGCCAGAAGGUGUUCCGGCCUCAGCGUUUGGAGCUAAGUUCCGGCCAGUUGUGUGCCGGUGGACAAAAUGCCCGCGAUACCUGUAGCGGAGACAGUGGAUCUCCGCUGAUGCACUAUGAUCCGCAGCACGGCGUGUGGGUUCUGACCGGGCUGGUUUCCCUGGGCGUUCGAGAUUGCGGCACCGAAGGUGUUCCGGGUGUCUACACCAACGUACGCGAAUAUCUUCCGUGGAUCAAACAGAACGCUCGUAUGAUGCGCUAAAGACACGACGACAUCCGCGGUAGAAACGUGAUGAUUGCUCUCGGAACAGGUUUGUGGAUUUGAUGAAACCGGUCAUGCUGUAUGGGAAACCUCCAACCGAAAACGUCACUCUGCAGGGAGGAAGCAACCGGCAUUUUUUCUAUCGAGAUAAUAAUAUUGUAUACAAGUAAGCAACAGAUUGGAAACGAACGUACAGCGGGAAUAAAACAACUGUAAUAUUCGAACUCAGACAUGACGUCAGUUUAAACAAGUGCCAAGAUUUGUGGAAGAUUCAAAUAAACAAACUUAGCUACCUACUA